GGCGCAUUCACGUGACCGCGCGCGAUAUAAAGCGGUGCCGAUGCGCCGGCCGGUAUUACGUCCGUAGGAGUAGGGCGCGUAGCUUAUACCGGUUGCCCGAUCGUCGAGAAAAAUAGAAGCGCAAGGGGAAACUACACGACAAUUGUUCUGCCGGGGAAAGUAUCCGCGCGUGUGGGAACGCGAUUAGUAUCUUCGCGCGACAGGACGCGCUCGUAAAAAAAAAAUCCAGAGUCUUCUCUUCGCGGGAUAAAAUUUUUGCGAAAAAUUGCGAGCCGAAACGAUCGUGAACUUUCCGCGAUUUCGAAAUUUCCACAACGUAACGAUCGGGUGACCGGGCCGGAAAAAGUUACCGAGUGUUCCUUCAUUUUGACACGAAAGUUCGGCGCGAACAAACAAGACGAGCGGGUGUAAACUCUACUCGGAUCUCAAUUUCGCGGAUCUCAAUUUCUUAUAAAUCGCCUGUGCCGACUGUGCCUACGCAAUGGGCUCGAAGGACGAAUGGGACUACUCCAUCCAGAACGGACCCAGCACGUGGGUGACGAAAUUUCCUAUGGCUGCCGGCUCUAGGCAAAGCCCGGUGAACAUUGAGACGAAACGGGCAGAAUCCGAUCACGAGGCUCUAAGCAGCAAGCCGCUGCGCUGGAAGUAUCCGGCCACAGCUUCUCGGAAACUGGUUAAUCCCGGUUAUUGUUGGCGGGUGGAUGCCGCGGGCGAAGGCACAUUUUUGAGCGGUGGACCGCUGAUGGACGAUGUUUACAAACUGGAGCAGUAUCACUGUCAUUGGGGAUGCAGCGAUUCCAGGGGAUCCGAACACACGGUGGACGGGCAAGCUUUCGCCGGAGAGCUGCAUCUGGUGCACUGGAACACCAGCAAGUACAAGACUUUCGGCGAAGCUGCGAAAGCUUCCGAUGGUCUGGCCGUCCUGGGGGUCUUCCUUAAGGUCGGCAAGACCCAUGAAGAAAUGGACAAGAUCGCGCGCCUGCUGCCGUACGUCUCGCACAAGGACGAGGUCGUAGAAAUUACGGAACCUAUUGACCCUGGUAAACUCCUUCCCGACGAUAACGGCUACUGGACGUAUCUGGGCUCGCUAACGACGCCGCCGUGCAACGAGAGCGUCACUUGGAUCCUCUUCAAAAAAUACAUCGAAGUGUCCCAUCAUCAAUUGAACAUUUUCCGUAAUCUGCGGAAGUUCCCACGCGGCGAGGAGUGCCCGUGUCACGAGAAUCACGGAGCGGUGAUCAACAACUUCCGCCCACCGAUGCCGCUGGGAAAUCGCGUCUUGCGGGAGUGCGGUAGCUUCUAAGGUUUGUCUCUCUCUUCGCCUGGGAAAUAAAAAGGAAAUAAAAAAGGAGGAAAGGAGAGGGCAGGGAUGAUCGUCAAGCACCUCUUUAUUUUUGCGGAUCAUCGACCCCGAAGCGACGACUAAUACAGUCGCUAUCGAACGACAGCGUUCAACGUGCCUUUGGAUUAACCAACGAAUAUACUCGCGUUACGUUUCGCGAGGAGCCUUCGUUGUUUUCUCGUAAUUAAGUUGCAUCGCAUGCGUAAUCGGUUCACUUGUGUUGAGAGAAAAACUUUUGCGGCGAGAAAAAAAUUCCUGUCAUUCUAUGAAAAAAUGAAUUGAGAAUAUUUGAUAGCUUUAACUUUUUAACUCUUCAACGACGAGCUCGACGUAUCCUACAUUAUUUGACACGAUUACGCGAUAAGUUGUAGAUCGUAGAAUGUAGAAUUGGCACCAUUAUUAAACGUAUCUCGGAAUCAUCGCGACUUUUGUGUAGUGUAUCGUAAAUCAGAAGCGCUGUUUAUACAAAAAUCGCAUUACACUCGUCUUUACGAAAAUGUCGAACAUCGGUGUCCACGUUUUAAAAGACGUCUUGCAUAGAUAUGCUACUCUCGUUGAACUCGUCGAAAGACUAAUUUUAAAUACAAAUUAAGUAAUAUAUUUCUGACCAAUCGGAUGUUUUUUAACGGUGGAGAUACAAAGUCUCAACAAGAGAAUAUAAAAAAAAUACAUUCGUUACUUUUUAUUGGACGCAAUGACAGAUAAUUAACGAUCGUGUUUUUUGGGAUAUCUCUGCUGCGGCAAUGUCGUCAAUUGAAUCUUCUGCGUAUUUAGAACAUAAUAUCUGAACAUAUUAUCGCGUCCCUGAACCAGCCGAAAUAAAAUGGACUGUAAUUUUAGUCGUCGUUCAUUCAAAAAUUCUUUAGGUUCGAUUAAAAGAAUCUUUUUUUGCGAAAGCAAUUAUUUUAAAUCGCUUGUGUGUCAGAGAUGAUAAAUCUUUGACGGAGAACGUCACGGUCAGGGAUAUCCUGUAUAGUAGCUACUAAUAAGCGUGUGUAACAAUUUAAUUUUUUAAUUCAAGUGCAAUUAUGAGUGAAACGUAGAAUAACAAGCGUUUGCUUUUCGCGCCUUGGGGAAUCGUAGCUUUCGUUAAUUAGAAACUGUCGCUUGUGCAACACUCGCGCGGCUACGAAGAAAUAUAAGGGGAUGUGCCUACGCGCGUGCGUACGUGAAUACGCAUCAUUUUGGCGAUAGAGGAUAAGACGGGUAAAUAAUCGCGAAUAUGGCUCCACCGCAACGCGUCUCAUUAUAUCGCCACAAAUGUUAGAUUAAUGUACAAUAAUGGGCAAGAUGUAUAAUUUUUAUGUAUAUCCGUGAUAAAAUCAAAUUCUGUUCGAUCUCGAUCCGUCCUCGGGGCCAUCAGUCAUCGACCAGAUUCGCUUCCGCAAAUCGGCGCGACGUACUACGGGUACAAUGAUCCUUGUAUAUGUAUGGAUGCUAUACGUUAUAUAUUAUACGUGACUUUUAAAGAA